AAUCUCCUGGGUCUGAAGGAUGUUCCCCAGCAGUUCUUCCUGCAGGUGUACUACACUUUCCACAAGAUCCCAGAGGCCAGGACAGGGGAUGUGGUUCUGGGCCUGCUGUGUCUCUUCCUGCUUGUCCUGCUUACCUGGAUGAAGAACACUCUGGGCCCGCCCCCAGAGGACGGAGGCCCCGCCCACGUCAGGGUCGCCCGCUGCCUGGUCUGGGGCGUCGCCACUGUGCGAAACGCGCUGGUGGUGGUGGCUGCGUCCUGCGUGGCGUUCUCCUGGGACGCCUACGUGCACGUCUUCACCAUCACCGGGAAGACCUCCCACGGCCUCCCGCCCUUCAGGCCCCCGCCCACUUCCGAGACCACGCCCAACGGAACCCUCGUGCCCUUCUGGAACAUCGUGGAGAGUGUGGGUGGGGGGCUGGCUGUCAUCCCUUUCAUGGGUGUGCUGGAAAGCAUCGCCAUUGCCAAGGCCUUUGCCAGUCAGAAUGACUAUAGGAUCAACGCCAACCAGGAGCUGUUUGCCAUUGGUCUGACCAACAUCAUGGGAUCCUUUGUGUCCGCCUACCCAGUCACUGGCAGCUUCGGCAGGACUGCAGUGAACUCUCAGACCGGUGUGUGUACUCCAGCAGGAGGGAUAGUCACCAGUGUGGUGGUCAUCCUCUCCCUGGCCUUCCUCAUGCCAGUGUUCUACUACAUCCCCAAAGCCUCCUUGGCGGCGGUCAUCAUCUGUGCCGUGGCCCCCAUGGUGGACUACCGCACCGCAGGCCGCCUCUGGAGGACACGGAAGCUGGACCUGCUUCCCUUCACCGUGACGUUCCUGAUGAGUUUCUGGGAGGUGCAGUACGGCAUUCUGGGAGGAGUGGGCGUGUCCGGAGUUCUGCUGCUCUUCAACACAGCCCGGCCCAGACUGAAGGUGUCAGAUCAUGGUGUGGUGUUGGUGGUAGAGAUAGGAAGUGGCCUCAGUUUCCCUGCUGCAGAAUACCUCAGUGGAGUCAUACACACUCAGGCCUUACAGGCCUCCCCACCCAGGUCUGUAGUCCUGGACUGCCAGCAUGUCAGCACGCUGGACUACACCGUGGUCAACGAGCUGAGGGACCUGCUGGCCCAGUUCACCCUGAGAGGAGUGGGCCUGGUCUGCUCUGGUCUGGAGUCCUCUGUUCUGGAGAUUCUGUCGGCAGCGGACCUGCCGGGUCUGAGAUUCGCUGACAGUGUGGAGGCGGCCCUUCAGAGCCUAUCGGAUAUUAACAAAAAUGGAUGCUAUAAAAAAGAAAUUGAAGAGUCUGAGCUGGAAGACGCUCAGGCGAUUUCAGAGAUAUCUACGGACAAAUAUUGAUGGCUUCCAAGAAGUAACAAGGUUGUCGUUGGGAGCUAUAGCUUCCAAACUGGCAGAUAAAUACAAUAUCGAAGAAGUGUCUUCAAUGGUUAAGAAGGUCAAGCAUCUUAAGAAACCUCGAAGUACAAGAAUUCUGGAGAGGAACACGCAGCAGACAAUUAACUCCAGUGAGACAUCCUUGGCCACUGCUGCUGGCUGUGGGGGUUUGAACGGAGGCACCAGUAACAUUGCUCAGACUGGUG